AUGGAAGUAUUCAUGAGAACCUCGAACAAACAAGGUGUCUCCAAUAGACGCAUGAAAAUACUUCGUGAGCUGUACAAGGACUUCAUAAUCAAAAUUCUCCCAUUCUAUAAUAACAACACAAUCAAUAUGAAGAGGGAAAGGGUUCAACAAGGUGACACAGUCUCAUCCAAAAUAUUCAGUGCUACUUUCAAAAACGUAAUGCAAGGACUGAAAUGGGAUGACAUGUCAGAUGGGCAGCAACAUUAUCUUCGUUUAGCUGAUGGCAUCAUUCUGAUAACACCAAGCAUCAAUCAGGCAGAACGAGUGCUGGUCGAAUUCGAUGAAAAGUUAAAAAGACUGGUCUCCCGCUGA